AUAAAAACUUCCCCGGGCCCGUUCGCAAUGUUCCCCACCUUUUUCUCUUCCAUCCAGCCUGGUGCUCUUUUCCUGUUCUUUCUAAUUCGAUGAUGCUUGCAUCCAUUCUCUUUGUUUCUGCCCUCUUCCUCGCUACACACGCGGCUCCCACAGCCUCACUCGACGCUUCUGCCCUCCUCGCGAACGGCCAGGCUGCCCAAGCCCAGAACGUCGCUUUUCAGAACCUCAGCGUUAAUGAUACGUGUUCCACCGGCGAAGUGGCGUGUAUAUCCGGAGAGGUGGCUCAGUGCGCGGAUAACCAGUGGACGCCCUCGCCCUGUUCGGGCUCGGCGCAGUGUUUCGCUCUUCCAUCUGUGAGGGGGAACGGGACUUUCAUACAGUGUACGAGCGAGAAGGACGCUACGUCCGUGAUCGAUGCUACGGGCGCCACUGGGGGCAUCUUUGGCACCGACACGUCUAAUUCUACCGCUAGUGCCAACUCCACGGAUACCGCGUCUAGCGCGAACUCCACGGAUAGUACUGCUACUAGUUCCAAUUCCACGGACACAACGUCUAGUACCUCCACCGACGAUGGUGGGAUCAUUACCGUGACGAUAACCCUCACUCCCACAGCGACGGUAUUCGUGAGCACCGAGGUGCCCGUCACGACGACGCUCUCACCUGACGAGGCUUCGAGUCUUCUCGCGAGUUUGACGGGCGUGGCUGGUGGUUCUGUUAUCACGGCUUUCUCUGUUAGUGCUACUGAUGCAGCGGACGUGGCCACUAGUGCGGUUUCCUCGGGCGCUGCAGGUUCGACGAUCAUCUCUCUCGUUCCUGCUUCAGCUGCCACGCCAUAAUUCCCGUUGUUCUUUGUUACUUAUGAACGUCAUGGAUGUACUAUAGUAACUGGUUUACUACGUAUACGAGGAUAUGUAUUGUACUGUAUCAUAGGUGUAAUAGAAGGAGCAUUAGACUGGAUGACGCCAUUUCCAUAGAAGCGAUUUUUGAGGAGUCGAAGGUUAUAUAUAAUGCAGCAUACAUCGACUCACAGAGGCGAGAGAGCUCGCGCAUGUGAAGACAUUCGUGUCGGCGUACACCCUCCAAGUUGAACACUAGCUUCUGAGCGUUCGCCGCACACCGAGAUCGGGGUACUCCUUCCUCUAAGCUUCUGACCGUAACUCUGGUAAAUAACUCUCCAAAUAAUGAUAGAGCAAAAAA